AUGUUGUCUGUGCCGGUAUUGAUAUCGCCUAUAAUCAUCCUAGACUGGUACAUUUGGGGCUAUUCGCUAUGUUAUGCGACUGCUUCCAACAAGUAUAUAGGUAGUUUGAAGUACGCUGUGUUGCGUCAACUCAAACACUCAGCCAAAGAGACAUACACUAAUACUAGGGGGUCAGUCCUAGUCAUGAACCACUUUUUGUUUAAUUUACUAUUCAAGAUUAUUUGCGGGGCAUUCACAUUUCCUGGAUGUAUUGCAGAAAGAGGGAGAGUUUUGCCCAUGUUGGUCUUUGUUUUUAUAUGGUCAGUGAUAAUAUACAACCCUGUUACGUACUGGUUUUGGAACUCGAAUGGGUGGCUCUACAAGAUGGAUGUGUUGGACUUUGCAGGGGGCAAUUGCAUACAUAUAGUAUGUGGGUUUACCUGCUUGGCAUACUCCUAUAUCCUAGGACCAAGAAAUCCAAAAGCGCUUUACAAUUACCGCCACGCAAACACGGGAUAUAUAGUCGUUGGAACUCUUCUACUUCUGUGUGGAUGGGUCGGAUUUGUUGCAGGCUGUGAGUACAAAUUUUCCUAUAAUUCGGUUGCGAUUAUGGUCACUACAAUACUUGGGGCAAGUUCUGCUGCUAUUGUCUGGACAGCAAUAGACUAUAUAUUUUCAAGGGAGGCUAUAACUGAUGACGGGGUGGUGGAUUUGCCACUGGAUCGCGCGAGCGUCAACUCCACGGGUUCAAAAACUCAUCACUCAAAUCCCAUCACAAAGCGAAAACUCUCAAUGGUGUCGGUCACCUCUGGUAUUGUGAGUGGUUUAGUUGUGGUGACACCCGGUGGAGGUUAUAUCUCCUCCAACAAUGAUUUGUGGAAACCUAUUACAUUUGGAAUAGUUGGUGCCGCUCUAAGCAAUCUUUCUACGCGACUAAAAUAUUAUUUUAAUAUUGAUGAUGCAUUGGACGUUUUUGCAAUCCACGGCGUAGCAGGAAUCGUAGGGUCCUUGUUGACAGGAAUCUUUGCCGACAAGUUGUAUGAUUCCAAAGGUGGUUGGGUUUCUGGUCACUGGAAACAAUUCGGCAUUCAAUUGCUAGGAUUAGUCGUCACCGGUGCAUAUGUGUUUAUCAUGAGUGUGGUUUUCUUGUAUAUUAUUGAUUUCAUACCUGGCUGCCAUCUACGAAUUGACAAGAACUUCAACCGAAGAGAGAGGGAGAGGAAACUUGCAAAAGAUCAUAGUGGUGAAUUGGAGCUGCAAAAUUCCGCUCCCGUGGGGGAGAAGUUAGCCAAUGAAUUGGAACAGGAAUACUGGGAGCAAGUCGAGUUAUUGGGUUCAGACAACUACGAGUUCAGCAGCGAGUUUAUGAUGGAUUUUAUUGAAUUCAUCAAAGUCAUUCGACCUGAAGAUUAUUCCGAUACAGCGAAUGAAGAGAUUUUGUUACUGAAUAGCGAAAGUGUAGGUGUUCUCAAUUCUGGCAAUGAAUACUACCAGGCUGAAGCAGAAUGUCGUUCUAGAAAGCAUUAA